AUGCAAGCUGGUGAUGCUGAGCUUGAAAUGCGAGGAAGGAAGUUCACAAAUCCAUUUUCAAUUGAUCUCAGGUGCUUGCUUCGCUGUGGAAUACUUGCAGUUGAUGAACUAACCACCAAUUUAGAUGUUCCAAAUGCCGAAAGUUUGGCUGCUACUCUAUUAUCAUGGCAACCUUCAACAGUAGCAGAAGAUAUCGUGUACGUGUUCUUGUGCUGCCAUUGUGGAUUCGGGAACAUCCUUGCUUACUGGUCCAACUGCAUGUAUCUCACGUGA